ACAACGAACGCUCCAACGGGACGGUUUAUUUCAAAGUUUUCGUGCUCGCGAGAUAAACACAGAGUUGAGAUUUUAUGUCGACUCUUCUAUUUGCUUCAUUUUCUCAUCCGGUCAAUAAAGUGUAUAUGAACUAUGAAAACUUGAACUUAAAUUUAACAUCAUGAUAUUGUGCACUUUAAAGUCAUCAUUUUAUUGAAUGGACCAUUUCAAUUAAAUUGCUUCAUUUAAAUUAACGUCUUUUUCUCGCUCUCUUUGGGAAUCAUUAAACAAAGAGCAAAAAAAACCUCUGCGAAUCCAAUUUCAAAGCUGCGAAAAGAUGAAGAACUGAAGGGAGAACGUGCCAGUGCGUCAUGAGAUAAUCGAUCUUGGAGAGUUGUCCGAAAUUGUUCGGGUAUGUAUAGAUCAAAUCAUCGCCGCACAAAAAUUACUUAAAACGAAGUUGAUUUCGAAUGAACAUUUUAUCGUAAUAAACCAUGAAAAAAGUUCGUAAAAAUCGUACAGCAUAAAAUUAAGUGUCAUUAAAAAAAAGUGUAAAAAAAUUGGACAGAAAAUAUAUUGUCUACGGAAAUAAUCUGUGAUCUGUGAUUUAGGACAUACAACGGAGGUUUUAAAAAAAGCAAACAUACACAAAUUAAGCAUUGAACAUUUUCGUCCACUCAAAGUUGUUUUACAUAGGCCAUCAUACAACGAACAUAAAUUUUACUCCCGCGAGUUUCUAAAACCAUCGUUUCAUCCCCACCACCACUUGUCAUUGCGCGUUUAUCGUCUACCGUUCAACAUUUUGGUGUAUCGUCGGAAAUAAGAAUUCUUCCCAUUCGAAUGAUUUGAAGUGCAAACUGUAUAGAUUUGUAUGAGCAGUGAUUUUUUUUACAAGCUGAAAGCGGGAAAAAAGUCCGAAGCAAAAGACGAAAAUUAACAUUAGGAAUUUCAAAUUAUACUCGUGAGAUAGUGAAAACGGUGCAAUUAAUUAUGCCAAAAUGACUCAAAACCUCACGAAUUAUUGCGGCAAUAUUAACACAAGUGCGACAGCGAUUGGUAAUAGCGUUAACUUAUCAGCAUGUCCUUAUUUUGUAAACGAAACGGAAUGGCCACUCGAACGAAUUGUUUCGAUGGUUGUGCCAGUCUUUUUUGGUAUCAUUGGACUGAUCGGAUUGAUGGGCAAUGCUUUAGUUAUUAUUGUUGUAACAGCCAACCAGCAGAUGCGCUCAACGACAAAUAUACUGAUAAUUAAUCUUGCAGCGGCCGAUAUUCUCUUUGUGAUCUUCUGCGUUCCCUUUACAGCUACGGAUUAUGUGGCGAGCGAAUGGCCUUUUGGUCAUCUUUGGUGCAAAUACGUGCAAUACAUGAUCGUCGUUACGUGCCAUGCGAGUGUGUAUACCCUGGUUUUGAUGUCAUUUGAUAGAUUUUUAGCAGUUGUACAUCCCGUAACGAGUAUGUCGUUGCGAACCGAACGCAAUGCAACACUAGCGAUUGUCGCCGCCUGGGUUAUUAUUGUAACAACGGGAAUUCCAGCUGCACUAUCACAUGGUGUCGUCAAUUACCCAUAUGGGGGCCGAAACUAUACGGCAUGCUUAUUUUUGAGUGAGGAAGGAUACAAUCUAGUAGCAUUUCAGGUUUCAUUCUUCUUGUCAUCGUAUGUUAUUCCACUAUUUCUAAUUUCAUUGCUGUACGUGGGUAUGCUGUUACGACUAUGGAAAAAUGCGCCCGGCUGUAAUCCAUCUGCUGAAUCAAGAAAGGGAAAGCGACGGGUAACACGAAUGGUAGUUGUGAUUGUGUUGGUGUUUGCGAUUUGUUGGCUGCCAAUUCAGAUAAUUUUGGUAUUGAAGUCACUGAAGCUAUACGGAAACUCACACAUUACCGUUAUUAUUCAAAUCAUAUCGCACGUGCUGGCCUACAUGAACAGUUGUGUCAAUCCCGUCUUGUAUGCGUUUUUGUCGGACAAUUUUCGCAAGGCAUUUCGGAAAAUGAAAUGUGUUUGUUUUGCCAAGAUGGAUGUGUCCAGAGAAGCAUAUGAACCGAUGAGUCUAGAAACGACACUGUAAAAACCACACACAAUGCACACCACGACACUGAUUUGUGAAUCGGUUUUCGAAACACACAAACACUCCACACACCAUCAAAUAUGUGGACAUCGAGUAUAAUAAUCGUGACAUGGUGUCGUCGAUUCCUUCUCAACGCAAUACAUGAAAAAAAAAGAAGAACAAGUUGGGCAAUGCGAUAAAAGUGUUGCGCACAAAACUUCAAGGAAAUAACCAAAAGUACAAACUAAUAAUAUCAUUGCAAUGUUAUGCUUUAAAAGUUUUUCGUACGUGUGAUAACAACUUGAUGCAUCAUCGCACGUAAACCGAAUGUAUAAUUUGUAGAAUCAAAGCAAGUAGUACAAAAUUGGUGUAACAUUCUAUUUGAAACAGAUUCAUAAUGGAAGAAUCCGUAUAAAACGAUUAAGAAAAAGAUCAUUGUUAUAUUUGUGUGCGCCUUAUGUAAACUUUCAUGAUCAAUAACAAAAUUUGCUCAAUUCUACGUAUAUCAGAUUAGCAUAUCAUAUGAAGCAUUCAUUAGAAGUGUGAAUUGUGCAAAUACAUAUGGUGGGCACUUUUCGAAUCCGAUUCAAACUAAUAACACGCCCAACACGCACACUUCUUUUAAACUCUUCAUAUUUUAUCAAAGAUCUUAUUUAGUAUAAAGAUAAAGUUGCUAUUUAAUAAGAUUAAGAAAAAUGUGGUGUUCCAAGUUUUAUGUUUUUCUGUGUGCUGUUUUCAUCAUAAUUACUCUAAUUUCAAAAUAUUUGUUGUUGUAAUUUGUAGUUCUCACCUUUUUGAAAUUGACUCCAUGUUCUGUGUUUUAACUGUUAUGCAUAUUACAAAUAGAUGUCAUGCCAUUUUAUUUGCUGUCAAGUGGUGUUGAAUGGCAUGUUCUACAAAUAUGAAUAAUAAUGUGUUCUUAUAAUCAUCAUCGUAAUCACCGCCUUGUUUGUGGCAUAAACUGUCAUAGCCAAAAAUGAAGGAUAAUCCAAUACCACAUAAAUUAACAAUUGAAUGACAUAUCAAAUGAAAGCGUCAAAUUGCAUCAAUUUAACAUUUAAUUCACAUUAAAAUCAGAGUUUCAUUCAGCGCUGCUGCCAUGCUUAGCAUAAAAACGUAUGCUAGCUGAGAAUGCGUCGUCCGUCGCA